GAUUGCUUGUGCGUGCCCGUUGCCAAGGUAUGCAGCAGUUUCAGUAGUCGCCGCCGGUUCGGCCGAGUCUCAGAACGCCUCUCCCCCGUCCCCCUUGUUGUAAAGCGGGUAGGAAAUGGUCGGAGUCACAAAGCUUCCCCGCGUUGCGCUCGGUCUCGCGCUGCAAGACGCAUGGGGCUUGUCGGACGGUCUGGCUACAACUCCGCUAAUGGGAUGGCGCAGUUGGAAUGCCUACUCGGGAGACGUAGACCAGGCGGUGAUGGAGAAAAGCAUAACCGCGAUUGCCGCGGAAUUCGCGGCAUCGGGGUACCGGGAUGUCGGCCUUGACGAUAAUUGGCAACUGUGCGGCGCCGGCGCGCACGGGACUUUUCACGACGAAGCCGGGCGACCCCUCGUUAACGCGUCGCGCUUCACGGACCUAAAGGCGCUAACUCGGCUCGCACACCAGAACAACCUGACCGCGGGCUGGUACGCAAACAACUGCAUCUGCUCCGAGAACAACUUACCCGCGGACGUAGCGCUUCGGAAUCUGCAGGGCGACGUGCGUGCGCUCGUUGAGUACGAGUUCGAUGGCAUCAAACUCGAUGGCUGCGGGCAGAACACCAACCUGUCCACCUGGUUGUCGGAGAUUCGCAAGACCGGACGAAAGAUCGUCGUGGAGAACUGCCACUGGGGAAACGAUCUGCGAUUCGGGCAACAGUGUCCGUACCAUUUCGCCCGAACCAGUGGCGAUAUCGGUCCGUACUGGCGCGCGAUGUUUUUGAACCUGCAGAGCGUCGCGAGAGCGCCGGAAGGCGAACCCGGGUGCUGGAAUUACCCCGAUAUGCUGGAGGUAGGUAAUUUCGCGGGCACCGCCGCCGUGGAACAGGACCGCUUUGACCGGACGCACUUCGCGGCGUGGUGCGUUACAUCGAGUCCGUUGGUGCUUUCGUUUGAUCUCCGGGACCGUGCGAAAGUGCAACGGGUCGGCGGAAUCGUUCGGAACGAGCUUGCCAUUGCAGUGAAUCAAUUGUACAGUGGCGACGCGGGAAGGCUGAUUUAUUCCUGGGAGCCGCUUCCUAACACGCUCUUUCUCUGGAGCGUCCCGUGCGAUCCCUUUGCGUCGGAGCAAGCCGGCUGGCGGCUGGAUGGCGCGCAGCGACCGCGGUGGCGGCCCGACCCCGAGUCCGACCAGGACUUCUGUCUCCGGGCACAGCAAGGAACGGAUCCGAAGCUUGCAAUACUGGUUCCCUGUGGUGAUCACGGCGUGUCGGACUUUGUGCUUGAUGCGGAGACCGGGUAUUUUCGUUCUGUGUCGGUCUCGUCGGCUUGUUUGCGCCCGUCGGAGGGCGGUUUCGAAAUCGGGGGCGAUUGCCAAGCGGCCCGGCAGUUUUUCGUGUCGCCGGGCACGGGUCGACUGUUGCAGCGAGUUGGGCCGGCGAUGGAAAACGAGCGGUGUGUUGCCGUCAAGGUGCAGGCCCCCUCGUCAGCAAACACGUUGCAGCUCUGGGCAAAGCAGCUACCCGUAAGAAACGAUGCGAACAAGAACGCAUCGUCCGCGGGACAUGGCAGGACCUCUCCAACAUACGAUCGAAGCCUAUCGCAUUCGCACCAUAUGAGCGUCUUGGAAUCGCUUUUCGGAAAAGAUUCACUCAAAGCUUCAGAAGAAGAUACUAUAUUGGGGCGCCAGGCAGUUUUACUCAUCAACGCCGACCAGCGGGGUGCGCAUCCAUUCACUUUCGGCCCGGCUGUGCUGCAGCGACUCUUCGGUGCUGUAGCAGUCCCCGGAACGCGUUUUGCGGUUUUCGACGUGUGGAACAAGAAAUUUUUGACACAAGCGGACUCUGCUCCGCCGAGCGUCAGCGUCCCGAUCGGCGGAUCCACUAGGCCAUUGCGUACUAUCGAACAGGAUUAUGUGGUCCAGAUUCCGCCACGCGGAAGCACGUUCUUAAUCCUCCAAGCAAUGCGUGGUCGCGGCGACGGUGCGCUGCGUCUCGCGGAAAAUGAAUUUCCGGCAGAAGAUGCAGAAGUUUUCACAUGAUUUGGCUACUUGCUGUAUACACUUCCUCUUAAUUAUAUCACCCACGUUGAUUUUCACGCUGCUCACAAGAAGGGACGCCAUGUGUACCGUGACACAUCGACUUGAUGUGUGUUCCGGCACUAUCCGAGGUUGUAGAGA